AUUAUUUAGAGAAAACGCUCUUCCAAUGACAUAUAUUAUUUUGUCAGGAACAAAGACAAAUAAAUACGAUUUUUGAUCUGGCAGGUAAAGUGGACACCUAAAGGAGCUAAGUGUAAACAGACUGAUCCAGUUAAUCUUAGGAGGAUUAAAACACUGUUCCUUUGUUCCUUGGAAGCAAGACGGCCUGAGUUCCAGACAUGAACCUGAAAUUAUUCUGGAUACAUUUCAACGUCUGGAUGUAAUGUUGUCAUCCAAGAGCUCUAAUCAAUGGACUCUGUCCGAGCUUCUGGGCCAACGGAGGCGGCUCCUUGGCCUUGGAGUGCUGUUGGCCUGGUUGGUCCUCUUCCACCUCCUUGUGAACGUCUGGCUUCUCUGCAUCUUCACCAGUCUCCUUGUAGUUCUGGGGGGUUGGCUCGGAUCCCGAGCCAUUCUGGAUGCCAAUAGGCUUUUGCACUUGGAGCACUUCCUCCCUCUUGGUGGGGGGACGCCUCCUCUGUGCUCCGCCGAACACGAGUGGAGGCUCAACCAUGAGAUCCACAAUGCUGUCCACAAAGCAGUGCGUGACUUUGUCUCCUCCUGGUAUCGCACUCUGCUGCCAGAGGUGGAGGGCGAAUUUGAGCGUGCGGUGCGUAACUCCAUGCUGGAGUCCGUGAUGGAGCUGAAGGAACGUGCGAGGCAAGUGGACAGAAAGGCUCUGGUCCAACGUCUUCUAGAGUUGUAUGGCUGCCACCUGCAGAGCUACAUGACAGCCAGACACGUGCAGCAGACACGUGGAAAGAAUGUUAGCCUUUGGCAGAUCUACCAAGAAAUAGAGAGACCCCAUCCAGCUGUGACCGAUGCAGCUGCUGAGCUCAGCUAUGCAAGCGCUCUAGUGAACCUGGUCUUGCAUGUGCUUGUUCCGUACCCUCAGAUGGAAACCAGGACGGGAGGUUACAUGGUUACUGAACUCAUCACCUGCAAUGUGCUUCUGCCGCUCAUAAGCAGGGUGUCUGAUCCCGACUGGCUCAACCAAACCAUUGUAAACAUCUUCAACAGGUCAAGAAAACCACAAGAUGGCGCCCUGUACCAAUGUCAGUUCCACCAAGAUUCCUGGACCACCUGCCAGUCGUUUUCCGACCAAGCAAGCCUGGCAAGCGAGAGCAGCUCUGAUUUCCGUGAGCUGUCCAGCCCGAUCAGUGAGGAGGACUCUUCAGAAUGCAGCAGUCUGACUUGUUCUGGGAAGGCUGAUGAUACUUGCCACGCGGGUCUGCUCACACCGUGUAAGGUCAACUGCUGCUCCCUCACAUCUGGACAGUACUCUCACCUCCAAGUACUCUCAGUGGACUCUCUGAUGCCGUCCGACUCAGAAGACGACAUGACUAGACGUUUGUGCGAAUGCGGCCCCUCACCCAACUUCUGCAACUCUGUGAAUGUAAAGGAUGACGUGGACGAUUUUGGCUGCUUUGCUCCACUGAAAAAUCUAGGGCCUAAGGUGACGCUGCCUGUGGACGCCCACUGGCCUACAGGGAUUGCUCAAGAAAAAUCCCCAGCUGGUUCUUCAAGAGGACUUUCCCUGGGCCCCUUGAACUUCGAUGUUCCAAACAAGCCAGCCUCGUCAGUGAACAUCCAGAAUGUGCACAUCGCUGGAAUAGUCAGUCCAAAGGAUCAGCGUGGAAUUGGAGCACAUCCUCUCUACACAAUCACGUUUGAGACAGCGCCAAGCCCUGAACGCGCCGACCUCCUGCAGUCUUUGGCCUGUCGCUCGGUAAACCGGAGAUACAGCGAGUUCCUCAACUUACAGACUCGUUUAGAGGAGAACCCUGAAGUGAAGAAGUUCAUCAAGAAUGUAAAAGGCCCAAAGAAAAUGUUCCCUGACCUUCCAUUUGGGAACACAGAUGGUGAGAAGGUGGAAGCCCGUAAAGGUCAAUUGGAUACAUUCCUUAGGCAACUCAGCAGCAUUCCUGAGACGGCCAUGAGUGAGGACAUGCAAGAGUUCCUGGCUCUAAACUCGGAGGUCUGCACAUAUUUUGAAAGAAAGCCAUUUGGCAAGUCAAGAAUCGAUAAGAUGAUGGAAAAUGCUUUAGACACAUUGAAGACUGCCUUUCCUCACCCAGAGGUCUUAAGUCCUACAGAAGACCCUGAGGGAGACUCUGAUGGCAGAACAAUGGACAGCAGAAAGUACAUGAGGCUCAUGUUCCCAAGUAAAGUGUCUCCGUCUCUCAACAUACCCGACUUACAUCCUAAAGUGACUUACAGCUUUAGUGAUGGCAGCCCCGUGCUCAACGGCAUGUCCUUGUCCAGAUUGGAGAGCUUUGUGCAGGAGCAGGAAAGACUUCUGAACGAGUCAAAAGGCAGAGGGACAGCCAAGCAGAGUGACGCCUCCACUGCGGACAAAAAGAUACCCGGGAAAAUUACAGGACCAGUGGAGUUGGCUGUGCACUGAAAACAUCCAGAAGACCAUCAGACUCCUCUUUGGCACUUUUAUUGAGAGGUUAGGUUUUUUUUCUGCUUUUUGUGUCUUGCCUUUCGUAACUGUUUUGUUCCUUGUUUAAUAACAUGAGAUGCAUUUUUCCAUAAUUAAUAGCAGCCUUCAUAGAUUCUUUUCAGACUUUUAACCAGCGUCUUCUCUGGAAAUAUUAUAUAUCGCACGAGUAAUUGUGUGGAUUGAAAUGUGUGCCACACAUUUUAUUAUAUCACAAAUAACAUGUUUGCCCCUUUUAGAGCUGUUCUAUCGUCUUAUCUCAAUAGAAGAUGGGAUAAUGAUGUAAUGCCCUUCUUAGAAGAUCAAAGCACAUAUUAUUAUUGAAACUUUGUAUUAACCAGUAGCUGAGUAGUCACACUUUUUACACUACUCACAAAAAAAGGGAAAGGGGAUUCGAACUAUUUCACAUGCAAAUAACCAAAAAGGAAUUAAGCAGUGGCGUGCCGUCAGGGCCAUCAAAGCCUUUACUGUUGGCCUAACAUAACCAGAAGUUAUGAUCAUAAUUAAAGAUAAAAGUAAUUUUUUUAAUUUACUUUCCCCUAAUAUCUAAACGUAUUCAUAUUCUUUUCAUGUCAUAUUCCAGCACUGCUUCGACAGACAGUUGCAAUAGCCAAUCAGCUUACGAGUUGUUGUCAGUAAGGCCUUCUAGCUGACUUAAGGCAGAUAUAUAUUGUGAUAUUAUGAGCUAGAUAACAUUAGAACUCCAUUACCCAGCAUGCCACAGUAGUGAAGAGCAUGCACAGUAACCCCGUUUAAAUUGCUGAACAUAGCCAAGUUUUUGAUGAGCACGCUGUGGAGUAAAAAUUAAGAAGUCAGCCGACACGCCUCGUCUGCAUCUUUUAUGAUGGCACAAGACAACACAUAUAUUUGCAAGGCCUUUUUCAAUAAGGAUAUUUCAAGAGAAACCACAUCUUGUGAGACCAUGUCGGCCAACCCCGGAAGCUCGAAUGGGUUCUACAGAUUGUGAGUUCAGAUAUUUAAUUUCUUUAUUAGUUAAAAAUGUUUUUUUUUUGCAAUCUGAAUUUUGACAGUACCACAUAAGAUACGUUUUAUUUGCUAAUGGGGGUUUAUUGAUUUUUAAAUGCGCCAGAAAAAAAAAAUGUUGAUGUGAUACAAUUCCCAGUAGUGCGUAAAUGUGUUUCUGUAUAGUAUUUCUCCAGCAAUGGUCAUGUGGUGACAAAAAUUAUGGUAUUUUGAAAGGUAAUUAUUGAAGUCGGACAUCACUGAAGGCCUAGGUGGGAAACGCACAGCCCGCCACUGGAAUUAAGAUGCCCAUAAAAUGUCUUACUGACCGGCGCCUACAUAACCCACCGAGCUUGCCGACUUACUAUGAUACUUACAUUAACUUGUCUUCACCUGUUUAAGGCCAUAUUUGAAGAAAGGUUGACUGUAGGAACUGGAGUUGCCGCAGCAACGGACAACAACCCGCCGCUGCCAUCUUGGACUGAAAUCACAUCAUUAUGCUGUAAAAACCCAAAACAAACAUUUUGUACUUAUAGGCCCUGAUUUAUAAAUGAUUACCGACUUCGGGUGAUUGAGAUGUGUUUUCUGCGGGUUCGUAUCGUCCUGGAAAAGUCAUUGAAUUUGAAAAUGCAAUUGCCAGGCCGUGGAAAAAAGUAAUUUGUUCAGAAAUGUUGGAAAAGUCAAAUAACUGUAUCUUAACGGGGUCAUAUUAUGAUUGUUUUCUACAUAUAAAACGCUUUUGUGUGGUCUACGUAACAUGUGAUGGUGGUGCUUUGGUCAAAAUAUUGCAUUGAUUUUUGACCGGCUCCUCAGGAUGCGCGUACAAUUUAUUUACAUGCCUCGUCACCCCGUCAGCCAUGUUCAAUCAAUCAAUCAAUCAAUGUUUACUCAUAUAACCCUAAAUCAUGAGUGUCUCAAAGGGCUGCACAAGCCAGAACAACAUAUUCGGCUCAGAUCCGACGUUGUAGUUGUUAGCGCUUCAGUAUGGCGUCUAUUGACAGAUAGAACUAUAUGCUACUUUGUAUUAGAAAUAGCAACAGCGGUGGAUGCAUGUACAUGUACGAGACAGUCUAGAAAUAAGAAGGAACUUAUUGACCACAGGAUCGGACUAUAAUGGCGCACUCGCGUAAACCUCUUCAAGUAAAAUUUACCAUAUAGAGAUAUAUCCACUGACGUCACAAACUGGACACAUUCCAAACAGCUCAUUUGGAGGAGGUAUGAAAGAAGGAAAUAUUGUUUUUUUUUUUUAAAUUAAUCUCUGUAGUGCCUCCAUGGUUUGAUUUUAACUUUUUGAGAAUUAUGCAGAUACAAAAUACACAAAAAAUCAGGUAUCAAUAUGAGGAAAGUUGGUUUUGCAUAAAAGUGCACCUAUAAGUUUUAUUAUUCCUAACUAAAUUGAUGUGAUGUAACGUAAAUUUCCACAGACAGUUUUAUUUUAUUUUGCUGGUGUGAAAAGUGUAUUUAAUCGAGGUUGUGUAAGCAUGUGAUGUUCAAGCGCCUACAAACUGCAGGCACGCCCACUUCACUUUUGCUAGAAAAGUGCAGCUUCAAUAAUAAAUCUUUUUUUAACAACAAAUACAAAUUGCGGCUGGCAAACGACACUGACUUAAAACGUGCUAAAUGCAAACAACUACCAUUUGUCCACCAAAUGGAUUAAUAUGUGAAGUUGUGUGUGUGUUGGGUUGUGUGUGUGGGGGGGUGGUUGUGAAGCAGAACUAAGGACUAAAUAUGUUGGAACUGAAAUAUGACAAAAUUUAUCCAAGUGUGGCUGUGUGGUGUUUUUUUUGUUUCAGAGAGGCACUAUACAUUUCAGAUGUAAACCUACUGACUGUUGGUUUCAAACAAGUUUAUUGUCAUAGCAGCACACUAGAGGCACACAACAUAGCAGUUGAGCCCAAUGAAUACCACAAGAACAAUGUACAGUAUGCAUGUAAUAAAGCAGUAUUAGUGUUAGGAUAAUUAGUUUUCGGUGGUCCCGUUGGGGUAAAAUACAUAAUUUUUUGGGGAAAUUCAUAGAAAGUCAUUGCUGACAAGUUGUACAAACCCAGACUGCCUAUUUUCAGAGAAAUUUAAAAAGUAAUAUUAAUACUUUUUUGACCAAAAAUUAAAUGGUGUGAAUAAUAAUUUGUGAAUAUCCACUGUAGUUUAUUUUCGAUUCAUCCCAAAAUCUUGCCUACGAGCCCAAUAUUCCUAACUUUUGUGAGUAGUGUAUUUGUUUGCCUAAAUGUGUAUUUGCUUUUCGAAGUACAUAAUCAAUCAUUGGUUCCCAACAGCAGAUCCCUUAUUCCGGACGCGUCUACUUCAAGGACAAGUUAAAGGAGGUACUUUACUUGUGAAUUCUGCAUGGCUUAACCUCAAAAUCCCCUCUCAGGGAUUGUUUUCCAACUUGAAAAUUCAAACAAGGGCUUGUUUAUGAUUAACACUGGGAUUGUUCUAGCAAAAAUUCUGCGGUAAGUUUGCAUGUUCAAGCUCCAGUGUUGCGAUAUCGUUAACCUCACUGCCGCUUUGGGCUUAUGUGUUUGUGAAGCUUCAAGGGAGCAUGUCACUAAGUGAUCCAAGGUGCUGUUAUGUUUUAACGUCACAUGCUUGGCUCCAAGAUGUCACAUAUCUCUGCUAAUGUGACCUAAGUGUCAUGAUUGUUAUCCCAGAUGGUUAGACGUAGGGGUGUCCCACCUCACCAGCGCCCCCUGCUGGGUCAUUUACCUCCAAGUGCUGCAGGAGGCCGUGUGGCCCGGAGGCACGCUGCCCGCUCAACCGCAGCCUGAGCGCAGCGCCGCAGAACGAGGAGAAACC